AAGAUGGGUGAUCUUCCUGAAAGAUUUUGUUACGUAUAUAGCUGUGAUUUAGAUGUGAAUGUACAGCUUAAAAUUGGUACUCUUGAAGGGAAGCGUGACAGGCCUGGAUAUAAGCAGUUGGUAAAUGAUCCAUUGUUGAGGUUCUCUGGAGCCUGUAAGGACAGCUGCUCUGACCUGUAUGUCACCUGCCAGGUGUAUGCAGAUGGCAAACCUCUCACUCUGCCAGUGAGGACAGCAUACAAGGCAUUCAGUACCAGAUGGAAUUGGAAUGAAUGGUUAACACUGCCUGUGAAGUACAGUGAUCUUCCUCGGAAUGCCUUGGCCUGUUUUACAAUAUGGGAUAUCUAUGGUCCCAGGAAUGCCAUUCCAGUAGGGGGAACCACAAUGCCAUUGUUUGGAAAACAUGGAACUUUCCGUCAGGGAAUGCAUGACUUAAAAGUAUGGCCAGACUUGGAAGCAGAUGGCCAUGUUGGUUCCACCACUCCAGGCAAGAUAGAUGGGUCAAAAGAUGAAAUGAGCAGACUGGCUAAGGUGUAG